AUGAUGACCAACGGCUCCCUUAAGAAAGAUGUCCCCCAUACAUCAUAUUACGAAUCCACGUACAUGGCAGAAGCACUGGACGCGGCACUCGAUAUCGAAGUUGAUGGGUUCGACGAUGGAACUCUGUACUGGGAUAUGUUUCGGGAGCUCCUCCGUCAGAAUCGAGCUUUAGAUCCCCACCCAGGCCGCACCGUCGUCCUGGACGUGGGAGCUGGCUCGGGACGCAUUUUCCGAAAGAUCGCUCUGAAAGCUGCCAAAGCCGGCGAGGACCUGGCUGAUGCAAGCUUCAUUGGAUUGGACAAGUCGCCAACCAUGCUGGAAAGAGCCAAAAAAAGGGGCGCCGAACUAGCCAGUGUCGGAACAGUCUUAUGGCUUGAAGGCGACGCUGGCGACCUGCUGGCGCAACCUUCUCUCUACGAAACCAGACAGCAAGUAAGCCUGGUUCUGUGUGCAGACGGGGGUAUCGGCUAUCUCGAACGUGACGUAGAUAUCAAUAACUUCUUCUCGCAUAUCUCCCAGCUACUAUGCCCCGGAAGCGGACGAGCGCACAUUUCUCUCUUGGAGUUCCAAGUAGCUGAAGCUUACGAGAAUGGCAAAGUUCCAACUACCUAUGACGAAUCGAUGGAGUGCAUGGAUGAGAUUGGCAAGGAGCAACCGUUGGUCUUCAAAAACAUUCAUCACCAUGAGUAUGUGGAAAAUGGAAUCCACAUAGGCGAAAUGGACACGGAGGUCAUACGAAGGAAUAAGCAAGGGGAGGAGACACUUCUUGAGAUCGUCCAUUACAGGCAUCGCUUCCAAAUAUGGAGCACCGAAAAACUCAUAGAGACAGCGGAAAGGGCAGGUUUGAAGCAUGUCGAGACUAUCAAAUGGCCCCGGAUGCGCCAUUUUGUUUUUAUGUCGCCUUGA